AUGUCGAAUCCCACCGCGACCCAGGACACCAAGGCCGAGCCUACCCAACAGCCACAGCAACAGAAGCCCCCCGUGCUGGAAGAAGAUGACGAGUUUGAGGACUUCCCCGUUGAAGACUGGCCCCAGGAGGAAACCGAACAAGGAUCUGCUGCCAACGGCGCAAGCGCUCAUUUGUGGGAGGAGAGCUGGGAUGAUGACGAUGCGGCCGAGGACUUCUCGAAGCAACUGAAAGAGGAGCUGAAGAAGGUCGGGGCGUCUAAUCAAUAG